CCAGUCUCCUUGGGAUCAUGUCCCAAAUAAACUACGUGCACUGAAAUCUCUGUCUUAAGGUCUGCUCCUGGGGGAACCCACACUAAGACAUGGUGAGUCUUCCAUACUUAGGAGGAACUGGUUCCUGUUGAAAAUGAAUUGUUGUGUUUAUUGGAGAAAAAUUCAUCUGUUAUGCUGGAAGCAAACAAAUCCCACAAGAAUCCUGUAUCGCCAAUAUUGUCUGUGUCUCUAGCUGGUCAGGUAAGGAGAGCUGCACUGAUGCUGGUAGUUGCCAACACCUGUGAAUGACUCUGGAGCCUUCUUGUGGCCCUCCACCUUGGAGGAGGUGGCAAAUGCUUAGUAGUCUCCCAGGAGUCAACAUGCGGGCACUCACGCUGAUCUCCGUAUCAUUGUGGAGAGUCAAUGGCAAGACCCUCUGCCUUCAAAGCUGUCACAUUGUAUGUGCCUUAGAUGCCACCUGCUAGAAGCAAGCCAGGUUUACCUUUGGACACCAACAGCAUUCUUUCCAUUCAUUCAUCCUCCUGACUUAUCAGACCCUGCUAUGAAUGACUUCAUUGUUCCUCAACUUCCAAUUUACCCUCAAAAUUGGAAGAUUUUCUACCCGUUCAAAGCUAAGACACCCUCCUUUUGGUAGAGGCUUUUUAUGCCAUUUGGGAAUGGUUUGGAUAAGCUACCUUAAUGAAGGACCACACAUCCCUCCAGAGAUGAUAGAAGACUUUUUGUCUUUUCUGAUUUAAGAAAACUUUAUCUUGUAAGCUACCUAUAGUUUACAAAAAUUCAGUAAAGUAUGCUUUUUUGAACAAAGAUGGAAGCAUUCAUUUUGUCUCCCUAUUUGAUUCCUCCAAAAUUUGGAAAGUAAUUUCUUUUCCAGCUAUUGUGUAGAGCGUUUUGGGCAAGAGAAUCUAGGACCAAGCCACAUCGGUUCUCUGCUUAACCCACUCCAUUCGACUGUUCUCCCAGCUAUGCUUCCAGAGUGCUCUGUGCAUUUCCACGAUCAACAAACGAUGAAUAAAUCUCUGAUGUCCAGACAGUUGACAUAAUUGAAAGAAGCCAGGAAGUUCAUCAGAGACAUAUAUGGCAGGUUGCAAUCACCAACAGCAAAACAUCAACUGAGGAAACAGUUGAAUUAGGAAAAAUACUUAAUUUGAGCUUAAACCGUAUUCCAAAUAUGAUGGUAAAUAACGCAAGCUAUUCAGGAAUGAGGGCUGAGGAGUUAAAUGUAAGUCAGAACAUAUUUAUCUCUAUUGAGCCUUAUGAAAUGCAGGCAGGAGGAAAACUUGAUGAUUGAAGUAUAACUGGGAAAUCUCUCAUGUGUCAUGAGUAUCUUAGUCACCAUAACAAGAUUCAUAUGGGACAGCAGCUUUUUGAAUAUAGUGGACAAGGAAAGCUUUCAGCACUGAGGCAGAGAAGGGUCAUGGUAGAGAGACUGCAUGUACUUAUAAUGAAUAUGGGAAAUCCUGUGAUAAGUCAGCACUCUCUUCCCAGAAGAUAAAUGUUGAAUGUAAUGUAUGUGGGAAAAUGUUCAGUAAAAAGUCUAAACUUACCAAACAUCAGAAAAUACACACAGGAGACAAACCCUAUAAAUGUAUACAAUGUGAGAAAUCCUUCAUUAGGAAAUCAUAUCUUGCAAAUCAUCAGAGAACACAUACACAGGAGAAACACUUUGCAUGUACCAAAUGUGAGAAAUCCUUCUGUCAGAAGUCAAAUCUAAUUGUUCAUCAGAGAAUCCACACAGGAGAAAAGCCCUAUGAGUGUCAUGAAUGUGGGGAAACCUUCUGCCAAAUGUCAGCCAUUAUUUAUCAUCACCGAAUACACACAGGAGAAAAACCCUAUGAAUGUAUGGAAUUUGGGAAAACCUUCUACCAGAGGUCAGCCCUCAAUGUACAUCAGAGAAUUCACACAGGAGAGAAACCAUGUAAAUGUAAUGAAUGUAGGGAAACUUUUUAUCAGAAGUCAGUCCUCACUGUACAUCAGAGAAUUCACACAGAUGAGAAACCAUAUGAAUGUAAAGAAUGUAGGAAAACUUUCUACCAUAAGUCAGCCCUCACGGUACAUCAGAGAACUCACACAGCUGAGAACCCAUAUGAAUGUAAAGAAUGCAGGAAAACUUUUGCUCAGAAGUCAAAACUUUCUGUAUAUCAGAGAACUCACACAGGGGAAAAACCCUAUGAAUGUAAUGAAUGUGGAAAAACAUUUUGCCUGAAUUCAGUUCUCAUUAUACAUCAAAGAACUCACUCAGGUGAGAAACCAUAUGAAUGUAAUAAAUGUGGAAAAACCUUUAGCCAGAAGUCAAAUCUCAGGAUGCAUCAGGGUACUCACACAGGGGAAAAACCCUAUGAGUGUAAUGAAUGUGGGAGAACUUUUAGCCAGAAGUCAAACCUGAGGAUGUAUCAGAGUACUCACAUAUGGGAGAAACCCUACAAAUGUAGUGAAUGUGGAAAAUCCUUCUACCAGAAGACAGUGCUCACUAUGCAUCAGAGAACUCACACAGGAGAAAAACCCUAUGUUUGUAACGAAUGUGGAAAAACCUUUCAUCAGAGGGCGAACUACAGCAGGCAUCAGAAAACUCACAUGGGACAGAAGCCUUAUAAAUGUAAUGGAUGUAGGGAAACCUUCUUCCAGAAGUCAGCCCUCACUGUACAUGAAAGAAUUCACACAGGGAAGAAAUCCCAUGAAUGUAAUGAAUGUGGGAAAACAUUCUACCAGAAGUAAUCCCUCAUGAUACAUGAAAGAAUACACACAGGGGAGAAACCAUAUCAGUGUAAAGAAUGUGGGAAAAGCUUUUGCCAGAAGUCAACCCUCAAUAGACAUGAGAGAACUCACACAGGUGAGAAACCAUAUGAAUGCAAAGAAUGUAGACAGGCUUUCUACCAGAAGUCAGCGCUCACUGUACAUUACAGAACUCACUCAGGUGAAGAGGCCUGUUAACAUACUGAAGGUGUGAAAAGCCAUAUUAGCAAAUGAAAUCCUACAGCAUAUCAGUGGAUGCAUACCGGAAAUAAACCCUGUGUAUGUAACCAGUGUGAGAAAUCCUUCAGUCACAAGUCAAGCCUUACUGUCCAUCAGAGAAGUCACACAAGGAAAGCCCUAUGACUGUAUGAGUGUUGGAAACAGCUUUUAGUAGAAGUCAGACUUCAGGAGGCAUCAAGAAAUUCAUACAAGGGAGAAAGCUUAAGAGUAUAAUGAAUGUGGGCUGGGCGCAGUGGCUCAUGCCUGUAAUCCCAGCUCUUUGGGAGGCCAAGGUGGGUGGAUCAUGAGGUCAGGAGAUCGAGACCAUCCUGGCUAAGAUGGUGAAACCGUGUCUCUAAUAAAAAUACAAAAAAAUUAGCUGGGCAUGGUGGUGGGUGCCUGUAGCCCCUGCUACUUAGGAGGCUGAGGCAGGAGAAUGGCAUGAACCUGGGAGGCGGAGAUUGCAGUGAGCCAAGAUCACGCCACUGCGCUCCAGUGACAAAGUGAGUCUCCAAUCUCAAAAAAAAAAAGAGUGUAAUGAGUGUGCAAAAUCCUUUUGUCUGAAGUAACACCUCAGCAGGUAUUAGGGAAUUCACACAAGAGAGAAAUCCUGUGUGUCAGAGACUGGCUGUGUGUUCUACAAAAUUCACCCUUUUAUCUGUUGGACACACAGACUACAUUUCUCAGCCCCCUGUUAUUGUGGGUGCAUUAUAUAACAGCUCUGUAGUAGAAUAUGUAUGCAAGUAGCCAGGCGCAGUAGCUCACGAUUGUAAUCCCAGCACUUUGGGAGGCUGAGGUGGGCAGAUCACGAGGUCAGGAGUUUGAGACCAGCCUGACCAACAUCGUGAAACCCUGUUUCUACUAAAAAAUAUAAAAAUUAAUAGCCAGUCAUGGUGGUGUGCACCUGUAAUCCCAGCUACUCUGGAGGCUGAGGCGGGAGAAUGGUGUGAACCCAGGAGGCAGAGGUUGCAGUGAGCUGAAAUCGUCCCAUUGCACUCCAGCCUGGGUGACAGAGCAACACUCCAUCUCAAAAAAAAAAAAAAAAAAAGUAUGUGAGUGAUGAUCCUUACGGGCCUGGCUCUCACACAGAGUGACAUAAAGCCUUCCACAUUUUCUCAGAUCCUGUGGUACUGAAGUACUGAUGACCCCUAUGAUGGCCUUGGGAGCCAUAGGUGGGAAAAGGUGACUGCUUUAAGACUGAAGGAAUUACAUACACCUACUAUGUCCCAACAAAAAUUAAAAAUAAAAACAUUGAACUGAUUGUCUA